AUGGACUUCACAAACCUUUUAAAUAAGGAAAUCAAAAAGAAGAAACAAUCACAUAAAACCAAAUCAAAGAAAUUAAAGUCGAAUAAAACAUUGAAUUCUGUGGAAAAUGCCAAAGUGGAUAGACAAGACUUAACAAACAAGGAUCCCGAGAUCAUCGAGAAUAACAAUGCUGAAUUAGUCACUUCUAAAGAUUCAGAAAAUCAAGAAGUUCAACUUACAGAAGAUAAAAUAGAUGAAAGAUUAAAACAAUUGAAUGGUUUAGAUGAAAACCUUACAAAAGACCAAAAAUUCGAGAGACUACAAUAUUUAUUACAAUUAGAUAUUCAAAAUAAAAAGUAUAAAGCAUGGUUGGACAAGGAAGAAGAAUAUUAUCAAGAUCCAACAAAGCAAUUAAUUACGCUCGAGUCAAUUUUGGCAGCCGAAACCAAGAAAUUGAUACUAAGGAUUCAAAUCAGAAUAUGCAUUAAAACAAUCAUCAAAGAAUGGGAAAACAAUGCAAAAACAGAGGAAGACAAAGCAUUACUCAAAGAAACUAAAAAGGGAUUAUUAAAACUUUUAUACAAAUUAAGGACAGACAAAUUAUCAACAGAUAUGUUAGUUUCAUUGUCCACAAUAUUCUACUAUUUACAAACUAAUAGUUUCAACAAAGCAAAUGAAAGUUAUAUGAAAUUAAGUAUUGGGAAUGUAUGUUGGCCAAUUGGUGUUGUAAAUGUUGGUAUUCAUGCAAGAAGUUCAAGUUCAAGAAUUACAGGUAUUAAAAAUGUAAGUAAUAUAAUGAUUAAUGAAUCAACUAGACGAUGGAUUAUUUCAAUUAAAAGAUUAAUUAAUUAUAAAGAGAAAAUUUAUAAGGAAUCUCAAAAUUAUCAGACAUAG